AACGACGCGAUAACGCCGCAUCGUAUCAGGAAAGAUCAGAUUGUGCUUCAAGAUAAUUACAAACAAAAUAUACACAUUAAAAAUUCGUAAAACCUAGAUUUAAGUAUUGCUUUAACUCAUUUUCAAAGAAAAGUGUGCAAGAAGUGUGCAGAAUGAAUAGUCAAUUGUUGCUGCCCAGUCCUUCAGGACGAUGUCUCGUCAAGUUGGCAAUGCUCUUGGUGUUUUGCUGUUUCGCUGAAAGCGCUUCUGGUUCCUGCAUCAGAUAUGGUCAUUCCUGCUGGGGAGCGCAUGGAAAACGUAGUCAUCACGACAACACGUUGAAGAACAAUGCCGUAGGCUUGAAAAACGAUCCGAUGCUCAACGAAGACGCUAGAUGGUUCAUCGCACGAUUGUUGCAAACAAACGAGAAUCGAUUACUCAAAGGAUUGCGAGAUCAAAUGGACGACAAUCAAACUGACGAUGGAAAACCUUCUGAAGAUGUUUCUCUAAGCGACUCUGAACAAGUAAAACUCGGCGAUGUCUCCGCUGCGAAUGAACCGCCAUUAAAUUCGAUAAUCAAUGACAAGUUUCGUUUUAUUAAGUACUUGUAAAGAAAAACCUGGAGAAAGCAACUUAAAGCGAUGGCAAACCAAUGUUGCCAAUGAACGUCAUUUUAAAUUCUCAUACUUUCAUUCUAUGCCUUCGAAAGAACUUUGUCAGAAUAGGCUGGAUUCGCAAAGUAUUCUUUCGUCGGCGUUUGAACAAAAAAUCAAGAAUAAAACAUAUUAUCUUAAAAUACAAAAUUCAAAAUGUAUCAUAAUAUAUUUAAACUGUACUAGAUUCCUGAAAUAUAUAUAAAUAAAAUUUUAACAAACAUUAACAA